CUCUCCUGCCAAUAAGCAGGGAGGGUAGUUCAGCCUUUUGAUUCUGCAGCGUGUCGGCGUGAGGCUUCGGGGGGCGUGAAGAUGGCCCAAAAACUCCUCAGGCCAUUCCGGUCCAUCCCUGUCAAGCAGCUCUCAGCCCCUCUUUGUUCCCCACCCUCAUUGCUCCUAUGCAGGACCUCGGCUGCACCGUGCAGCAUCACUUGGCGGAUGCCCCUUCCCUUCACUGCUGCUCCUGCAACAGCAAGGACAUUUUCCACCACUCAGGUCUUCAGGCAUACCUUUAAUAUCCAGGAUGGAGAUGAUUUCCAAGACAGAGUUUUGAAGAGUCAGAAGCCGGUGGUGAUAGAUUUCCAUGCCCAGUGGUGUGGUCCUUGCAAGAUCCUGGGCCCCAGGCUCGAAAAGAUGGUGGCCAGGCAUGAUGGAAAGGUGGUGAUGGCAAAAGUGGACAUUGACGAUCACACAGAUCUUGCUCUUGAGUACGAGGUCUCAGCCGUGCCCACUGUCCUGGCUAUGAAGAAUGGUGAUGUGGUGGAUAAAUUUGUAGGGAUAAAGGAUGAGGACCAGCUGGAAGCCUUCCUCAAGAAACUCAUUGGGCCCUGAGAAGCCAAGAACAACUGUGUUUGCCUGCAUCAAGGCUGCCGGCAUUUCUCAGAGGGGAAAUUAUCAGUCUUGGAGGGAUCAGACAAGUAUCUUGAUUUUUAGUGGGACUGGAUAGUACCAUUCUUUCCCUCCUUCCCCCUAAGGGCAGCAGUAGUUCUGAACUUGAUAAGAAGGCCAGUCCCUCUGGAGUGGAGUAGAAAUACAGCCCACUGCCUGCAAGUGAGCAAGUCUGGCAAGAAAGAAGGCUUCCAUUGAUAAAGCAGCAAAGCUUCCUUUCCUCGCCUGAUCCAGUCCCAGCCAAGCAGUUAAGAACUGCUGCCUGUGUGACGGUGGUAUACUUUCCAAUCAGUCGCUCUGCUUCAUCUCUCCAAGUAGUGUCACCUCUCGUCCCCUGUCUGGGGAUAGUUUUAAAUCACCUCAGCUCUUUUGCUGCUCUCCCAUUUCUCCCAGAUGCUGCUUAUAAACUCAAAUGGAGAGAAACACUGUUUGCAGCCCCUACUGCUUCUCAUUUUUUAGUAGACCCAUAAUAAAGAUAACAUUACUGAUUCCUUUA